GUGCGUGGCGCGUGUGUGUGUCGUUCCAGGGAAUGGUAAUUGAAAUAAUUUGAGAAAAUUCUAAAUUAAAUUGUUCUUCCUCAAAUCAUUCAUUACCACUGGCGGCAGGUGGCAAAUGAAGUAAACGUGUUCCAUUAUCGGGGUGGUAAAAUAAUAUAUCCCUUUUUCCCGCUAACCCGCUAGAGUUUGCUCCCCCCGGACGUGAUACCCCUGGCGGCUGGCAAGAAGAGAAAGAAGCGUUAAUCUAUUAACUUCAAUUGACUAUAGACGAGUGCCAGCAGCAGCAGCAGCGCGGCAGCAUCCCUUCAAAAAGACCCUUUUCGGCCGCGCAACGCAUUCGCAAAUUGCAUUCUGCAACGAGGGCAGCCCCGUUUUUGUAAAGCGAGUAGCAGCCGGGAAGAAAGGCCGGCGUGUGUGUUCUCUGUCGCUCGCCGUACUGCAACGCGUCGGAGUUUGUGCUGCUCGCAUUGUCGGUACCGUUUUGCUGCCCGGGCUUUGUGCUCUGUGAACCCUGGUCAGGCCAUUAACCUGCAAAUUGGCAGAGAAAGAGACGCAACCGUGUGCUGCGAUCCAGCGUGUGUGUGUGGAUGUGUUAGUGUUUGUGCGCGUGUGUGAGUGUGUGCAUUGCCGCCAUCAUAUCGUGACCGUGACCGUGGCCAUUAUCGGAAUCGUGCGUGUACACGGGAUUCGCUUUUCCACCAGAGCGGUGCAUUUUCCUCCUUUGUUUGCUGCGGAGCAUCUACCGUUUUAGGUAGAGUGUGUAUAGUGCGUGUUUGUGUGUGUGUGUGUGUUUGUGAGUGUGGUGGUAUUGCGUGCGCCCGGUGUGUCUUUGGUCUGUGAUCUAACCAUCAGCGAAGGCUUGCUCUGCAACCUGUGAAGUCAACACAACAGCUCAGCAACAAGGAGAGCUCAGCAAGAAAAAAAAGGUUCAAGAUGAGUGAACAAAUGGCUCGGAUGCAGGGCUGCAGUGUGCUCGUGCUGGACGAUAGCGACAAGCUGGUGAACAAGUACGACCACAAGGUGACGGUCGUGUGCAGCUACGAUCCACAGGGUAUGGCCGUGCGGUUGCUGCAGGAAGGUGCCACGCCACCCAAGCAGCUGGAGGAGUACCUGGUGAGCGGGGCGGGCACGACCCAUCUCAGCCGGGGCCACACGUCACACAUGCUGGUGGUCGGAGGGGAGCUGGUGCUGUUCCGGUUCGCGUCCAGGGGCGACUGUCAGCAGUUCCGCAGCCUGCUGCACAAGCUGUCCGGCAAGGUGAACUCAGUAUUCAACCUCCGCACGGAGGACUCGUCCGCGUCGCAGUAUUUCCAGUUCUACGGCUACCUGUCGCAGCAGCAGAACAUGAUGCAGGACUUUGUGCGGACCAGCACGUACCAGCGGGCGAUCUACAACAAUGCGCAAGACUUCCAGAACAAGAUCGUGCUGGAUGUGGGAGCCGGAUCCGGCAUUCUGUCGUUCUUUGCUGUCCAGGCCGGUGCCGCGAAGGUGUACGCGGUAGAGGCCAGCAACAUGGCGCAGUACGCACAGCAGCUGGUCAGCUCAAACAAUCUCACCGAUCGGAUAAUCGUGAUCGCGGGCAAGAUCGAGGAGAUUGACCUGCCGGAACGGGUGGACGUCAUCAUCUCCGAGCCGAUGGGCUACAUGCUGUACAACGAGCGCAUGCUCGAGACGUAUCUGCACGGCAAGAAGUGGCUGAAGCCGGACGGCAAGAUGUAUCCGUCCCGGGGCGACCUGCACGUCGCCCCGUUCACCGACGAAGCGCUCUACAUGGAGCAGUACAAUAAGGCUAACUUCUGGAUGCAGACCGAGUUCCACGGCGUGAAUCUGGUGGCGCUGCGCGACGCAGCGAUGAAGGAGUACUUCCGCCAGCCGAUCGUUGACACGUUCGACAUACGCAUCUGCAUGGCGAAAUCGAUCCGGCACACCACGAACUUCCUCACGGCGGACGAGAAGGACCUGCACCGGAUUCAGAUCGACGUCGAGUUCCACAUGCUGGAGACGGGCACGUGCCACGGGUUGGCGUUCUGGUUCGACGUCGAGUUUGCCGGCACCUGCUCUCAGAUCUGGCUGUCGACGUCGCCGACCGAGCCGCUCACGCACUGGUACCAGGUGCGCUGCCUGCUGCAGACGCCCAUCUUCGUGAAGCAGGGCCAGGUACUGUCGGGCAAGGUGGUGCUGGCAGCAAACCAGCGGCAAAGCUACGACGUAGAAAUCGACCUCAAGCUCGAGGGUACGAUGAUCAGCUCCUCGAACACGCUCGACCUAAAGAACCCCUACUUCCGGUACACUGGCGCACCGGUUGCGGCACCGCCCGGCUCCAACACCACCUCACCGAGCGAAGCGUUCUGGAGCCAGCUGGACGCACAGGGCGCACGCAAUGCGGUCAACCUCGUCAACGGCAUCACGGUGAACGGGCUCGGCGAGGUCGACAUGUCGUCGACAAUCAUCAACACCAACCUGAUGGCGAUCGGUGGCGGUGCGAACGGUGGCGGCCCUGGCGGCCAUCAGCCGAACAUUCAUCCGGGACUUAUUUCGAGCACGGGAAGACAGCAGCAGCAGCAACAGCAGCAACAGCAGCAGGCCGCAGUCGGUCCGCAGCAGCAACAGCAGCAACAAUCGACUACGGCCCAGCAGCUGGCAAUGACACCACCGAUCGGUUGUGCGGCCACCUCCACGCAGAACGUCGCCCAGCAUCAGCUGAUCGGUGGCGCUAUCUCACCGUCCCUGUUUACCUCUCCCGCUCAACCCAUCCUCAACAGUCACCAUCAUCAUCCGGGCCAGCCGAUUCACGGCAACCAGUUCUACUAGGUAGGGAGGGGAAGAAGAGCAACGGCCCACUGGGGUUAGGCGGGAACAUUCGAUCAAUCGUAUCAUUGUAUUGCCACCCUGUACAGACUUUCAUGGCAGAGGGUCUGUUUUUGAAACGCCAGUCAGGUUCUUUCCACCCACGGAAUCGUGGCUUACGCUGUUGCUAUACUGCCACGGCCAGAGCGGCACCAGCGGCCAGGCGGGGGGAAAGCAACACAAACAUCCCAUCAAACAUUCUCAUAAACACAACGAAGUUUGCAAUCAUACUAGUUUAGGCUACCUUAACGUCAUGUGCCGUCAUGCCGUGAAUUAGAGGCAUCAUUCCUGAUUCAUAACCCGUAGCUAGAACGAUGCUUGAUUUAAGGGGAAAUCGUGUUUGUGUUUGUGUACGAUUUUAAUCUGUUUAGUUUUAAGUUGUCCGUUUGUCCCUGCACAAUCGUUGAUGUGCUUUAUAUUUUUAUUCAAUUGCUUUUAAUCCAACUGAGAUUACGAUCCUUUUCGUUCCGGUGAGCUGAGAUAGAAUCCAUCGCCCAAAACCUGCAUUUUGCAGGCUUGAAGCUAUGCGCAAGAGAGAUUCACACACACUUUAAGGCUGUCUGUAGCGUACACUUUUAUUAUCCACUAGCUGUACAUUUGUGUUUUAAUUCGUCUGUCCCCGUUAGCUUCGCAGCGGCAUACGCUUAUUCCGUGUUUAAAUUUAGCGUCGAAAAGGAAGAACACUGAUUGCGCCCCACGAUAGUAGACCUGACAAUUGAUUCCAUCCAAAAUGGUGUUAUUACGUGUGUUUGUGCGUGUGUAUGAGUGUUCGUGUGUGUGUGCGCGUGAGGAGGCAUAAAGUGGGCAGGACACCAUAGAACGACCGGGAUGAGCAUGGCAGCUUGACACACCCAAUCAGUUUCUGCUUUAUCUGUGAAUACGAAAUACGGCAUCGUUCUGGCAGAUGGACAUAGAUUUGCAUUCCAGCAAGAAAUUGAACAUACUUGAGGCAUCGAUUGUUUUGUCGAAUAACUUGCUUUCAAAUUAUACACUGAAGAUUUACGCUGCUAAAUACGUUCACAAGACAAGACAAGAGCAUCGGAAAGCAUGCGUAAUAGUUUUAGUAGUAAACUUUGCCCGAAAAAAAAACGCACACAGACCCACUCAGUAGUAGCAUAGAGUUAUUCCGCCCGCAUCCUUAAUUGACAAUCGCUAGACCAACUGAAAUUGAGGCAUUUUUAAUUUAAUUAUAACUAUUGCUACGUUUAAUAUUAUUAUUAUUAUGAUUAUUAUUAUUAAUAUUAUUAUCAUUUAGCUUCGACUACGUUGUGCUCAAACGGGCCUAGGUUAAAAAGAUAAUGGGCGGCGUGAUGGUCGGUCUUAGGAGAGUACGGUUUUUUCUUCAGUAUAAUUCUCUUCUUCGCACGAGACACACAAUAAACCAAAUUCUGGCGUCGACAUCUUAUUCAAGCAAAAUAGAGAGAUUAUUUUAAGUUUA